AGAUUGCAUCGAUUGAUUACGAGGCGACAUGUUUCAUCAACGCUCAUUGCAAACUUUGGGUUUAUUCGAUUUAUUAUGAAUUCUGGUUUGGUUGCGAAUUCAAAAAUGCACCGUAAAUGCCGAAAUAUAGAAAAACCAUAUCCGCGCAGUGAUAUCUAUCGUAUAAAAGUACCAGAUGAUAAAGUCAGGUGGGAAGUUGUCUGGCCGGAAUAUGGUCCACAAGACUUCACCAGCUUAGCAGCCACUGGCAAAUCCUGGGCAGAUUCAAAUGAUAUCGAAGGUCGGAAAUUCAGGUGGAAUGAUAUUGAUGGAUUAGUCGAUCGACGUUCUUAUAUGGGAAAAUAUAAUUUGGACAAAACUGGGCGGCCACUUAAUCCGGUAGGACGAACCGGAUUACGAGGACGUGGAGUUCUGGGCAAAUGGGGACCAAAUCACGCAGCAGAUCCAAUCGUAAGUCGAAUCCAUCUUGGGCAAUUACAGUUUGUUGGGAUCGCCCGGCGAGAUUCCGGUGAGUGGGCCAUUCCAGGAGGUAUGGUGGAUGCUGGUGAGGAUGUGCAGGAAACUUUGAAAAGGGAAUUUACGGAGGAAGCUCUGGACGGCAAAAAGUAUCCGGAAUUGGAUAUGUUUUGGCGUAAAGGUGUGGAGCUAUAUCGUGGUUAUGUGGAUGAUCCACGGAAUACGGAUAAUGCAUGGAUGGAAACAGUUGUGGUUAAUUUUCAUGAUAACGAUGGCUACCUAAAAAAUAUCACCCUCAGAGCAGGAGAUGAUGCAAUUAAAUUGCGAUGGAUUACCGUUUCAGUAAAUGAAAAAUUGUAUGCAUCCCAUGAGGACUUCAUCAAAUUACUUGCUGAGUAUCAUGGUGUAUAAACCAAAUUUUUUACCAUUUUACUAAUUUCUGUUAAAUGUACAACAAUAAACCUAUUUGUAAACUAAUGAAGUGUAAACGAAAAGUGUCAUUAUUAUUUCUUGCGUUAUUUUAUCAUUUCGUUUGUCUCCAUUUGUAAGUUUAUAUAAUGGUUACAGUUGAUAUUAACAGAUGAUGAGUUCCAUAUUUCUU